CGCGACUUCAUCUCUUCAAAGUUCAGAAGGUUGCAAACUUCAUCAUUCAGAACUCGAAGGUUGCAAAAUUCAUCACUUCAAACUCAGAAGAUUGCAAAAUUCAUCACUUCAAAAUAAGAAGGUUAUGUCAACAAGUAAGCAAUGGAUGCAACUUGUUGAUAACCGAUUUGACGAUACCUAUUUAAUUGGAGUGCAAAAGUUUUUGGAUUAUGCCUUUAGAAGAACAGGAGAAUUGUCUGAAAUACGUUGUCCGUGCGUCAAAUGUUGUAGCACAAAAUUAGGAACACGUGAGACAGUCGAGAUACAUUUGAAAGUAUAUGGAAUAAUUCGAAAUUAUACCUUUUGGUAUCAUCAUGGUGAAGUUUUGGGUGAGACACAGUCGGAAGGCGAAGUUGAUGAUGAUAAUGAAGUAGAAGAUUAUGAGGAUGAGGAUGAAAUACAUGAAAUGCUGAGGGAUUUAUAUCCUAAUAAUGAUGAAGGAACUCCGGACGUUCGUGAUAAUGAUUUACUCGGAGAUGAACCGAACGUUGAAACCAAAAAGGUUUACAGCUCAUUGAAAGAUUUCAAACAACCACUAUACCAAAAUUCGAAAUGUUCAAAGCUUUCCACUUUGAUUAAACUGCUUCAUAUAAAAGGUAUGGGUCGUUAGAGCAAUGAGUCAUUUAUAAUGUUAUUAAAAAUGUUGAAGGAUGAGUUAUUGCCUGAUGGAGCAAAUGUGCCAAAUUCAUAUUAUGAGGGAAAGAAGGUGAUUAGGUGUGAGCACGUAAUUUUUUCCCUAUGUGAAUAACUCCCAUAAA